AUGUCUUCUGAAGAUGCCCCGCACGACCUCCCGGACUAUGCCACUAGCGGCCCUAACGCAAGCCUCACACAUCACCCCCACAGCCGCAGCGCAUCAACAACGCAUCUGCUGCAGCCCAGCGAGCAAGACAUCCAGAAGUCAUUGGAACCGUCUGUUAAUGGCUAUGAUCCAGCGUACAGGUACACUUCUUACACAGACAACCCCGAGUACGGUCCUGGACAGUCUACGGAAACGUUCAAGGAGGAGAAACCUGUGCCUCUCGUAAAAACAGUUGCUUUCCAGGAUCUCGAAUAUGCCGAGCCCUUCGACGCGGGUCGCUCUCAUUUUCAGUCUGAGAAGCCACCUACCAUGUUCGAGAGAUACUUAGGAAAGUAUCCACUAGAACAGCGAAUAGCAGAUAAGCAAAGGGGGGUUGGGAUACAGAAGUACCCCAUCGUAGUCUGGCUGCUGUCAAUAGCUAUGCUGGGAGUCCUGGUGUACGAGCUCGUGGUUAAUGGAAAGGCACAGGGCACCCCAGUGUCGUUCAAGCCUGUCGUAAAUCCCAUGCUAGGGCCAUCAGAGUAUGCGCUGAUCAACUUGGGAGCACGCUUUCCGCCCUGCAUGAAGCUGGUUCAAGGGGUACCAUUGACCACCCAGUUUCCUUGUUUGAAUGACACAGCCAACCCUCCAGACAGAAUAUGUCCUCUGGAGAACAUCUGCGGAUUUGGUGGUUUCCAUGAUAAGGCGCCGGACCAGUCGUUCAGAUUCGUUACCCCCGUCUUCCUGCACGCAGGCAUCGUGCACUACGCGCUGAACAUGCUGGCCCAGCUGACCGUCUCUGCCCAAGUUGAACGGGAAAUGGGUUCCAUUACGUUCAUUGUCCUAUACUUCGCUGCUGGCAUCUUCGGCAACGUUCUCGGUGGCAACUUUGCUCUAGUCGGCGCCCCGUCUGUGGGGGCUAGUGGGGCCAUCUUUGGCACUACAGCAGUGGCGUGGGUGGAUUUGUUGGCGCACUGGAAGUACCAGUACAGACCUGUCAGGAAGCUCAUGUUCAUGAUCGUCGAGCUCAUCAUUGGUAUCGGCCUUGGAUUCAUCCCUUACGUAGACAACUUUGCACAUCUCGGCGGUUUGUUGAUGGGACUACUCGUGGGCAUGGUGUUCUAUCCGAUCAUCAGCGCUACUGUGAGGCAUAGGACCAUCGUCUGGUGCUUCCGGGUCGCAGCUAUACCCCUCGCUAUAGUGCUCUUCGUGGUUUUGAUACGCAAUUUCUACACAUCGAACCCGUAUGCCGCAUGCUCUUGGUGCCGAUACCUUUCUUGUAUACCCACGUCCGCCAACAACCACUGUCAAGGAACCGGAUUGUCAAUGACAUCCUCAUCAAGCGUAUGA